AAGCAUUCUCUUAAUAAAAUUUUUGACUUAAACAAAACCCUAGGGUUUUGAGUAAUCAUCUUCCAGCUGCUGUUUCUUCUUCUUCUUCUUUUUCUUCUUUAAUUGGUGAAUUCAAACAACAUUGUCUGAAACUUUCACUCUUUUCUUGAUUUCCCAGAACUCAAUUUCGGAGGAAAGCUUUUCAUGCCAGUAAAGAAGAGACCCCAAAAUGGAUGCAAGAUUAGCAAAUACAUGGAGGUUAACUGUGAAUGAGAAGAAAUUUAUAGAGUCUGCAUUGCUUUCUGGUAUUAGAGUUGAUGGCCGGAACCCUUAUGAGUUUCGUAAACUUUCCAUCAAGUUUGGCAGAGAAGAUGGCUCUUCAGAAGUGCAGCUAGGACAUACUCAUGUAAUGGGUUUUGUGACUGGUCAACUGGUUCAACCUUAUCGGGACCGACCGAAUGAAGGGUCACUUUCAAUCUUCACUGAGUUCUCUCCAAUGGCUGAUCCCUCAUUCGAGUCAGGCCGCCCUGGAGAAUCUGCAGUUGAAUUGGGACGAAUAAUAGAUCGCGGUUUAAGGGAAAGCAGGGCAGUUGAUACUGAAUCACUCUGUGUUCUAGCUGGGAAAUUAGUAUGGGCUAUCCGUAUUGAUCUCCACAUUCUAGAUAAUGGGGGAAAUUUAGUUGAUGCUGCCAAUAUUGCUGCUUUGGCUUCUCUCUUGACAUUCCGAAGGCCUGAAUGCUCACUAGGAGGAGAGAAUGGCCAGGAAGUGAUAAUACAUCCACCUGAGGAAAGAGAACCGCUGCCCUUGAUAGUACAUCAUCUUCCAGUAGCAGUUACUUUUGGAUUUUUCGGUAGUGAGAGCAUCCUGGUAAUAGAUCCAACCCACCAUGAAGAAGCUGUUAUGACGGGAAGAAUGACAGCUACACUUAAUGCAAAUGGAGAUGUUUGUGCUAUUCAGAAACCUGGAGGGGAGGGGGUCCUGCAAAGUGCUAUCAUGCAAUGUUUGCGGAUCGCUUCCCGGACGGCUAGUGAUAUAACAAAGAAGAUAAAAGACACAGUUGAAGCAUACAACACAGAAAGAGCCUUACGUAAGAUCAAGCGUCACCCUACUUCCAUUGCUCUAGAUGGUAGUGCUAAUGUGAAAGUAGAACAAGAGGGAUUUGUUGGCAAUAAGGGUGCAAAUGAGUUGCCCAAAAAGCAUAUGGGAAGCUCAAGACUUGUAUCUGAGGAAAGUACCAGUCAAAGUAAUGAUUGUGAUGGUGGAACCAAAUCAUCUGGACUAGGUGGAAAUAGCAGGAGAAAUGAUGGCACUACAAAUUUUGUUGGGGAGCCUGCAAGUUGGGAUCCUUACUCAAAGGGUGUUGAUCCGGACUUCCUGAAAGCAUCUCUAGCUUCACGUGGAACAUUAACACCCAAGAAGAAGCAACAAGACUUGACAGGUGAGAAAAAGCCCAGUGAAGUGAGGCCAGAGGAACCACCUGAAGACAUUAAUACAGCUUCUUCAGCUAUUGAUGCUUCUGGAACUGGACUGCGAAAGGAUGGAGAGAAGACUUUGAAAGAUGCUGUGAAGCCAAAGCACAAGAGAAAAAAGAGGGCAUCCUCUGCUGCUGAUGCAAGUUAGAUGAAUUUUGGCUGAUAGAAUCAGUAGAAAUUUUUCUCCUUGCAUGUUAGCAUUGUUCAUUUGGAAUGGACAACUAUUACAUGAUCCCAUUUGCGGUUUCUUUGUGGAUGCUGUCUCGUAGUUUCUGGUGGACAAUUGAAGUCAAGAUUUCAUACAUAUUCAACUUUAGAUGAGAUGAAAGGAUCAAUUAUCAGUCAGAGUAUACAGAAAAGGAACCAGAAAGAGGCUUGACUCUUGGCAGUUGGCACCGAAGGCCUGUUGUACUGAUAUCUUAAUGACAGUGAGUUUUGUUGGCUGAAACAGAUCAAGCUGUGGCUGUUUUCAUAUUUGGUUGUAAGAACUGUUAAUCUUACUUUUUAUCAGGUCGUUUUGAUGUAGAAUCUGAGAAAGUUUUCCAUUUAAAUGAUAGCACGAAGCAUUUUUUUACCUGGAACAUGUGGUGUAUGGAACG